AUGGAGCCUAAAGCCAGAAGAGGAGCGAGACCCACUUACAGAAAGCCAUGUCUGGCUUAUAUUGAUCAAAUACCUUUAUCCCCAGGUUUCAAGGUGCCAAACUUCACUUUGUUCAACGGAGAAGAUCCCCAUGCUUCAUCAGUUGAGCAUAUAGGCAGGUUCUCUGUCCAGUGCAUAGCCAUAGAAAACAACCCUCUGUUAAAGCUAAGGCUUUUUGGGAAUUCUCUCUCUGGACAAGCUUUCACCUGGUACACCAGUCUGCCAGCUAAUUUUGUUCAAACUUGGAAGCAAAUGAAAAAUGUUUUCCAUGACUAUUAUUAUAGGAUUCAGCCAGAAGUCACCAUCAGUGAUCUUGCUGCCCUCAAGCAGAGUGAAGAUGAACCUGCUCAAGACUUCAUAACCAAGUUCAGAAAACUCAAAAUGAAGUGUCGGAUCCCUAUGGCAGAAAGGCACUUCGUCCAGAUGGCUCAAGCUGCUCUCAAAAUCUCUCUGAGAAAAAGAUAA